GGCGGAAAGCUCCUACUCCGCAGACAACGAGCUCGAUUCUUGAUAUCUACUUGUCCUCCUGCCUAGUCAAGUUGAGCAUCUCUUAGUGCUCGAGUGCAGGCCUCUCCAAGUUGUAGCCAUGCAGGCAUUCAAGACCUGCGCCUCCUCGGCGCUGCGCCAGGCAUCUCGACCGACCAGAUCCUACGCUACAGUCUCGGCUGCGGCUGCAUAUCAAGAAACCAUCCCUAACCUCAGGAUCAACUCAGAUACGAAAGUGCUUUUCCAAGGUUUCACCGGCAAGCAGGGAACUUUCCACGCCCGACAAGCGAUCGAGUAUGGCACAAAGGUCGUGGGCGGCACAAAUCCCAAAAAGGCCGGCUCUACACACCUCGAUCUCCCAGUAUUCAAGAACGUGAGUGAAGGAGUGAAGCAGACUGGCGCCAAUGCAAGUGUCAUCUUUGUCCCUCCACCUUUGGCUGCUGCCGGUAUUCUGGAGGCUGUCGAGGCCGAGAUUCCCCUGGUCGUCUGCAUCACCGAAGGUAUUCCACAGCACGACAUGGUUAAAGUGACCAACAUUCUCAAGACCCAAAACAAGACCCGUCUCGUUGGUCCAAACUGUCCUGGUGUCAUUGCUCCUGGCCAAUGCAAGAUCGGUAUCAUGCCUGGAUUCAUCCACAAGCGAGGAAGAGUGGGGAUCGUUUCGCGAUCAGGAACUUUGACAUAUGAAGCUGUCAACCAAACCACACAAGCGGGACUCGGACAAUCUUUGGUCGUUGGUAUUGGAGGUGAUCCAUUCAGCGGCACCAAUUUCAUCGACUGCCUAAAGGUCUUCAUGGAGGAUGACGAGACGGAAGGAAUUAUCAUGAUUGGUGAAAUUGGAGGCAGCGCCGAAGAAGAUGCGGCCGAGUUUUUGAAGAGCGAGAACAAGAAGAACAAGCCUGCGGUCAGCUUCAUCGCUGGUAUCAGUGCACCUCCUGGACGAAGAAUGGGUCACGCCGGUGCCAUCAUCAGUGGUGGCAAGGGUGGUGCCGACUCCAAGAUUGCCGCUCUCGAAGCAGCCGGUGUCGUUGUCGAGCGAAGCCCGGCCUCGUUGGGCAAAGCUCUUCACGAACAAUUUGUCGCGCGGGAUCUCAUUUAAAGCAGGCCACGAGUGUCAUACCUUUUCAACAAUCUUCCAGUAAGGGGGGCGGCGGGAUAAGGUCGCAUUCACGGAGAUGUUCUUGUAGUUUUGGUACCCGUAAUCGGGAAGCUUGAUAACACUGUACAAUUGCUGCAAUUGCUAGCCGGUAUCUCAGUCCACAAUCCCAAGGUAGGAAUCUGCCACCUUCCA